GCGGGGUCUGAGCCACCUGGGCUUUGGCUGCUUUGGGUCUGCGUCACCGCGUCCGUUCGUGUGCGAGGAGCUUUGAAAUGCAGCGGGAUUUAGCGAGUUUCUCGCUGUCUCCCGCUAUUCGCGUGAAGCUGGUGUCGGCCGGCUUCCAGACAGCCGAGGACCUCAUGGAGGUGAAGCCCUGCGAACUCAGCAGAGAAGUUGGGAUAUCGAGAGAGGAAGCCUUAGAAACUCUACAAAUCAUAAGAAGAGACUGUCUCACACAUAAACCAAAAUAUGCUGGUACAUCUGAGUCGGGAAAGAAGUACACAGCACUGGAACUUCUUGAGCAGGAGCAUACCCAGGGCUUCAUAAUCACCUUCUGUUCAGCACUAGAUAAUAUUCUUGGGGGUGGAAUACCCUUAAUGAAAACGACAGAAAUUUGUGGUGUACCAGGUGUUGGAAAAACACAAUUAUGUUUGCAGUUGGCAGUAGAUGUGCAGAUUCCAGAAUGUUUUGGAGGAGUGGCAGGUGAAGCAGUGUUUAUUGACACAGAGGGAAGUUUUAUGGUUGACAGAGUGGUAGACCUUGCUACUGCCUGCAUUCAGCACCUUCAUCUUAUAGCAGGAACGGACAAGGAAGAAGAACAUCAGAAAGCCUUGGAGGAUUUUACUCUUGAAAAUAUUCUUUCCCAUAUUUAUUAUUUUCGUUGCCAUGAUUACACCGAGCUACUGGCACAAGUUUAUCUCCUUCCAGAUUUCCUUUCAGAUCAUUCAAAGUGGGGAGCAUUGAGACACAGGGUUCGACUAGUGAUAAUAGACAGCAUCGCUUUUCCUUUUCGUCAUGACCUUGAUGAUCUGUCCCUUCGUACUCGAUUACUAAAUGGACUAGCUCAACAAAUGAUCAGCCUUGCAAAUAAUCACAGAUUAGCUGUCAUUUUAACCAAUCAAAUGACAACAAAGAUUGAUAAAAAUCAGGCAUUGCUUGUUCCUGCAUUAGGGGAAAGCUGGGGACAUGCUGCUACAAUAAGGCUCAUUUUUCAUUGGGAACAAAAGCAAAGCAGGUGUGCAGUGUUGUACAAAUCACCAAGCCAGAAGGAAUCCACAAUACUCUUUCAAAUCACACCUCAGGGAUUUAGAGAUGCUGUUGCUACUGCUGCCUCAUCACAGACAAUAGAUUCAUUGAAUUUCCGGAAACGGUCACGAGAACCAGAGGAAGAACUCAUCCAAAACUAAUUUCAAAGUCUAAAAGUAGAUUGAUGAUGUGAUAUUCAGUACAUAUAAAUAGUAUAUAUUUUACUUUAAAAUAAAAAUGUGCUAUGGCCUGAA